AUGAGUGGUUGGGGCUGGUUCUUCCUCCUUCUCAUUCUCCUCAUCGUUUUCGGCGUCGGCGGCUGGGCCAUAUACACACAAGUCAACGCGAGAAGACAAGGCCUGCCCGCGCCGUCACUGAAAUCAUGGAAAACAUACGUCCCAUUCAUGAACAGACAAGGCUCCACCAACUACCCUGCACCACGACGCUCAGGACCCUUCGAAUGGGUUCGCGACCAGAUCUCGAAACUCGGCAACAAGCGCACCGCGAGAGGAGCGUAUGAGGAGGCUGGUGGUGAGGCAGGGUACAGCGGUGUCGGCGCUAGACGAGGCCGCGGCGUCGAGGACGAUGCUUGGGAUACGAGAGUUGGCAACGAAGAUCCCUAUGCUUCGGGACCCGGAUACGCGGGCUAUGAGGAGCAAGAGCUUGGUCUUGCGCCGACGCCUGGUGUGCAGAGUGGACCGUAUGGUGAAAGCAGCGGCGUCGGAGGCGGAGGUGGAGGUGGAGGUGACUACCUGUCUGCUGGGAGAGGAUAUACGGACGGAAACAGAGGUCGUCCUGGAUCGCGAGGUGCGGAUCCUUUCGGUGAUCAGAAUGAGGCGCCGAGUCUGAGGAGUGUGAGUCCGCGACCGGUCGGACAUACCAAGAACAACGAGAGUCUGGACACCCAGGGAAGUGGGGAUGGGAACACCAGUCCCAUCAGUACCAGGAAGAGUGUGUUCAGGGAACAGAUGUCGUGA